AUGUCAGGAGAAGUCGGCCUUUUGAGACCCGAGCUUGAAAGCGGUGGAGUCGCGACUGACAGAACAGUACCAACUUCCAGGUCGUCCACUCGCUGGCUGGCAGCAGCGGCGGGGCUUUUGCUCACCACCUUAGCAGCAUGCCGCUUUCUGGCGGCAAGUCCAACCGGCACAGCAGCGGCCUCUCAUGCAGAGGCCUCCGAGGCCACAGGAGUGGCAGAGGCGAACUUAGCCGCUCUUGUUAUGGAUUUCGACCUCAGUGGUAUGAAGACCGAGAAAUGCUGGAUCAACAAGACUUAUUACGUUGAAGCCAGUGGAGAGUUUCAUAUGCCGAAGACUGCAAAGACGCAGCAGGUUAGUGCAGCUGCUUGCCAGCUCUUUUGUGCAGCAACCUACAAAUGCGAACAUUUUUCCUACUGGGAUGAUGGAGCCUGUCUGCUCACCAGCUAUUCGGCUUACCCCCAAGCCUACACUGGCCCAGAUGACAACGGUGUUAUCUCGGGUCCUCGUGAGUGCAAAGAAAUCAACAAUGGGCCAACGGAUGAGUUCACUGCCUCUGCACUAGGACUCCCACAGUUCAGGGCCCACGAGGCAUCAGGAUGUGGCAGCUUGCAUGAUGACUACAAGCUUGCCUGGACAGCAGAAGGAGAAACCUUCUUCGAGGGCUGGCAGUUCAUUAACAAGAGUGAGACCAGAGGUGCUGAAUGGUACCUGAACAAGUCCGAAGCCUUCCACCAGGGCGUGGUGUUUGCUUCAAAGGCUGGUGCUAUGAUGCGUGUUGGCGAGCAAGUUCAGCCUUUCAAGCGCCGGUCCGUGAUGCUGCAUUCCGCGCAGGCAUGGAGACCAGAUAUAGGCUUCAUCGUGGUGAUGAAGUACAAGCACGUACCCUAUGGGGCAGGUGUCUGGCCAGCCUUCUGGUUGGUCAACAGUGACACAGGCUGGCCGAAAGGCGGCGAGCUUGACAUCCUCGAGUACGCAAAUGAUCAGACGAACAAGGUAACCUUCCACACAGACAAGAAGUGCAAGCUCAAUGUGAACAGAAUGUUGGAGUGCUCCAAAGACAUCAAGGACAUUGACAAGGAGAUGAUUGCCAGCUGCUACACCAACUACACAGGGAAUGAGUUGGGUUGCAUGCCGCCGCAAGUCCGAAGAACCGGCGAAUGGUAUUCAAACAAUCCCGGCGCUCUUGCCCUCCUGUGGGAUGCAAGUGGCAUUACCUACUACCACAUUCCGGAGAGUGAGAUCCCAGAUGACCUUUCAUCGAAUCAACCCAAGCCCAACACUUGGAAGAGUGAAUGGCGAAUGGCUUUCAUGCCCUUUGAUGCAGAGUCCUGCAUUGGCAUCGCCAGACCUCAGGAGAUCGUGCUCAACAUCGCGAUUUGCGGUGACUGGGCAGGCAACGGAUGGUGGGGAUGUGAGGAAUGCCGAGCCACCGGCUACGUGCCGGACUACUGCAUCCCAGGGCAUGUAACAGAACCUGCCACGGAUUGUUGCACGCUCUACAUCUCCAACCCUUCCGCGGAGGAGCCCUUGAAAACCAAAGCCUUCUUCGACAUCGAUUACGUGAAAGUCUUUGAGCCAUCAACGUAUGAUCUUCCAAAAUACCCGGCCGGCACAUACCGGAAUGGUGGCUUGUUUGGAAGCGAGAAGUAG